CGUUAUUCUUAGGUUUGCCGAAAUAGAGAGCAAAACGGCACUUCUAAAUUCAGAAGAAAAAGAAAAAAAAUUAUUCCUUUUUUAUCUUUAAUCAAAAUUCCUUUUUAAUGGAGGCUUCAUCUUCUAGAAGUAAAACUAACGGGUCAAGUUUUCAUCACCAUUUUCAACGAUCCACUUCACCAUCGGGUCGGUUUUGCUCAUACUCAUUGUCUUCUUCCAGCUCUGAUUUCAUGACCCGAUCCACUUCCCCAACCCGGGUCAAUCUUCGCCGAUCCGUUUCACCAUCACCUAACGUCCGUUUCUCCACAUCUGUCAACCGUUCGAUCUCACAUCAACAAAAACAGAACAGCAGGCCGUUACCGUCAAAACAGAAGAAAACAUGUAUGUGUUCACCAACAACACAUCCAGGUUCAUUCCGUUGCAGUCUGCACAAAAACAUGAGUCAAAGUCAUUCAAAUUCAUCGUCGUAUCGAUCGAGUUAUCAACUGAAUAUGAGGAGAUCAGCUAUGACGAAUUCACUUGUUCGAAUUGGAACUGUUGAAGGUGAUUUGGUGAAGAGAGCGCUUGCUGCUUUGAUUCGACCGUCGUCGCAUCAUUUAAGGCGAAGAGAUGAUUUUCAGCCAAGACCUAGCCGCCUAUCCGUUAUGUCCAAGGCUGAAGAUUUAUGAGAGUUUUGUGAAUUGUUUGGAUGUACAGUUAGCUUAUUCCGGGAGAGGCCUUAUAUAUUUUUUUGUAUUUUUCAGGCGUAAACCCCAAAUCCCAAAAUUUUGUGUUGUUUUUUACCGUAUAUCACAGUAUAAUCUAAGAUUUAAUAGCUCAUGCCCGUUCAAUUUAUGUGGCA